AGAGAGUAGUUUCCUUGAAACCUGAAGAAGGAAAGGUUUUCUGGAGAGAUCCUGAGUGAAUCUUUCAGCAGGCAUGUUGCAGACGUAUUCAGGAAAAACCCAAGACUGAGAGUGUUACACUUGGACAUCCAGAAUCUAGAUGACAAAACAAUGGAACUACUCUGCAACUACUCUACUCCUUUUAGGCUUGGUGGAGAGAUCUCGACUGCAUCCUGCGGCAGGCAUCUUGCAGAAGUACUCAGAGAAAACCAGAGAUUGAGAAAGUUAGAACUGACCUUCAAAAGCCCUGAUGACAAAACAAUGGAACUAUUGUGCGAUGGGCUCAAUGAUCCAGAAUGUACAGUAAAGGAGCUAAAGCUUGGCGGAGAGAUCCUGACCAUGUCGUGUAGCAGGCAUCUUGCAGAAGUACUCAGGAGAAACCAGAGAUUGAGAGAGUUAGAGCUAGCCCUCAAGAACCCAGAUGCUAAAACAAUGGAACUACUCUGUGAGGGGCUCAAACAUCCACAAUGCACAAUAGAGAUAUUAGACCUUGCUGGAGAAACCCUGACUGAAUCGAGCAGCAGGCAUCUUGCAGAAGUACUCAGGAAAAACCAGAGAUUGAAUGUAUUAUUCUUAUCCCUCAAGAACCCGGAUGACAAAGCAAUGGAAGUGCUGUGUGAGGGUCUCAAACAUCCAGAAUGUGCAAUAGAAAUGCUGCAGCUUGCUGAAGAGAUCUUGACCGAAUCCUGCAGCCGGCAUCUUGCCGAAGCACUCAGGAGAAACCAGAGAUUGAGAGAGUUAUCCUUGUCCCUCAAGAACCCAGAUGACAAAACAAUGGAACUGCUGUGUGAGGGUCUCAAGCAUCCACAAUGUACAAUAGAAACACUGCAGUUGAAUGGAAAAUACAUUAUACAGAAUGGAAAAUGGAAGGAAACAGCUAUGGUGGAAUCUCCAGCUAGAAACCAAGGAGGAGUGAAGAGACUGGCAAGCUCAGAGUCCUUGCAGAGCAGGAAGAGGCGCAGACCUGACCACUUUCAGAAUCCCUAAAACCCUAAUUUGGUUGGCAUCUAGGACAGGUUGCUGCGCCAAAUCGCCAUGGCCAAGUUGCCAUAGCCACCUCACCACAGGACAAGAGUUACACUAAUCAAAGAAAUGGUGGAAUAGAAUCAUUUAAAAAAAGGCUGCAAAAGGAGGGACAAAAUGAAAUGUGAAUGACAAAAAUGAAAAUAUUAAAAAAUAUUUUAAAUAAUUAAAUUGAAUGGUUUAAUUGUCCUGCUACAAGUUGGCUGGAUUGAGUUGACCAUAGCAUUGUCCGUGGCGAGUUGGCUGUGACAAGUUGUCUCAUUUCAAUCUGGUUGUUGCCAAGAGAAUGCAACCUAUCCGAUGAAAUUCUCUUAUCAGCUCAGGGUUCCUUGCAUCUGACAAUGGCUAAGCCUCUGGAUGCUGUUUCUUCAUGCUUGCUUAUUUGAUUGAUCUAUUUUUAUUUCCAUUCUGAAUAUGGUAAGGAAGAGUUGGAAUUUAAUAUACAGGUAGUCCUGAACUUAUGACCACAAUUGAGCCCAAAAUGUCUGUUAGUAAGUUAGAUGUUUGUUAAGUGAGUUUUGUCCCUUUUUAACCCCUUUCUUGCCACAGUUGUUAAUGAAUCAUUGGAAAAACUUGGAAUUUAAUAGAUAUUUUUCUUAUUUGAAGGAACAUUUUGUUCGCUGAUUUUUGCCUUGAUUAGUUUCUGAUUUACCAGUGAUUUUGACUGUGCUGCAAUUGCUUUAUUUCUUGUAACUAUUGGUCUGCUUCAAUCAUUAUAAAAUGUAAUUAUCACUAGAACAGAACAUAUUUAGUUCAAAGUUGAACUCAACAUGUGUGUAUGAUUUUGCAUACAGUUUUCAUAAGUUUUCUGUUACUUGUUGCUGGUUUGCCUUUCACAUCAAUAAAGUUUAAACUUUUUUUAAAGUCCAA